AUGGCCAAAAACGGCGGAGAUUCGCUUCCGUUUCUUGAACAGUUGUCGGAAUUACGUUCAUUAAUUGGCUUUAGGAUUAAAAAAGAUAAUGAAGAAACCACGAAAGAGCUGGACGAUUUAUUAUCAAAAUAUCUUCUUUUGAGGCAAAAUAUUAAAGGGAAUGCUCCGGUAAAUUCUGUAAAUAACCCACCAAAAAUUGACAAUAAAUCUAGAAAUCGUCAUCUCACAAAAAUAAUUAAAGAAAUGAUGGAAGAAUUGCGUGAAGAAGAAGAAAUAAUUGCUAGAUUGAAAAAUGAACAUGAAUACCGAGAAAAAGAAAUAAUGGAUGAACUGCGUGAAAAAGAAGAAAUGAUCGCCAGGUUAAAAAAUGAUUAUGAAUACCGAGAAAAAGGGAUGACUGGUGAAUUGUGUGAAAAAGACGAAAUGCUCAUCAGAUUGAAAAAUGAUUAUGAACGCCGAGAAAAAGAAAUGAUAGAAGAAUUGCGUGAAAAGGAAGAAACAAUUUCUAGAAUGAAAAAUGACCACAAAUGCCUAGAAGGAAAAAAAAUGAUGGAAGAAUUGUGUGAAAAAGAAGAAACGAUUUCCAGAUUGAAGAAUGAUAAUGAACAGCGAGAAAAAGAAAUGAUGGAGGAAUUGAGUGAGAAAGAAAAAAUGAUCUCUAACUUGAAAAACGAACAUAGAUACAUAGAAGAAAGAUUUAAUAGGCAAAAAUCCGACUUAGAAAAGUUGAAAGACGAGUUGGAAAAGUUUAAAGCAAGAGAAAAAGAGUUGAUAGAAAGAAACAAGGAAGCUGAAAAAGAGCGAAAUCAAUACCUCGAGGAGUUGGAAAGGUUUAAAGCAAGAGAAAAAGAGUUGAUAGAAAGAAAUGAGGAAGCUGAAAAAGAACUAAAUCGAUACCUCGAGGAGUUGGGAAAGGUUAAAGAAAAAGAAGAACAAAUUAAGCAAUUAAGCAAAGAAGCCGAUAGCGCUCAGAAUAGUUUAAAACUGAUAGAAGACCUGCUAAAAGAAAGGAUCAACGACAAAGAAGAAAGAAUUAAUCAAUUAAAAGAAGAAUUCAAUAAAGCUCAGGAUGAUAUAAAGAUAAAAGAACUUAUGCUAAAAGCAAAAGAUUGCGAUAAAGAGAAACUAGAAACAGAAAUAAGAGAAUUAAAAUUCGACUUGGCAGAAAAAAAAGAAGAAAUAGAUCAAUUACAAGUUGAGAGAAAGACGCUAAACACUAGGCUUGAGACUUACCAAAGUAUUACUAAACAAAUUAUGGAAAAAAAGAAAGAUUUAGAAAGAAAAAAGGUUGACUAUAUAAAUGGAAUGGGCCUCAAGAUUCUUCUCAGAGCCGGCAAAAGAAGGAAAAUAGAGGAUAACCUGGACACUUUCUUGGAAGCCACGUCGGAAUUAGUCAAGUCAAAAAGUCAUUUUGCCGAGAGGGAAAAGAAUAAGUCCAAAGAGUAUUUAAGAAGGAAAACAAAUUACUUCGAGUUGUUAACUGGCCUUGAAGAAACGCAAAAGGAACUUGCCAGGUUAGAAAUUAAAAUGGGGUAUUCGCAGGACAAAAACG